AUGUUUCAGCGUCACCUCAAGCUGGGGGCCCAGGAGGUGGCGCCCAAGGGGCUUCCCAGUGAUGGAGCUCGCCGAAUGAGGAGAGACCCUCUGCUGCCCUGGCUGACCCUGCCCGAGCUACGAGUGGCCCCUCCGCAGCCUGGCGCGGGGGGCUCAAGGGGCCCGGGAUUGGGGGCCGCGUGGGGGCAGGCCCCCGGACAGGAGCUCCCGGACAUACGGGCGCACCAGGCCACAGACCCUGGGGUAGAAGUCAAGAGCCCCGCGCCGCGCCUGCCUGCCCUGGCCACGGUGGCCCGGCGGGUGGCGCACAACCGAGCGGUGCUAAGCUCCCUGCUGCUGCCACCCGUGCCCUCGGCCGCCGCCCCCCGGAGUCCUUCGGCGUCCCGGCGUCCAGCGCCUGGAGAGAGGAAGGACCACCGGAAGGGCUUGGCUAGGGAGGCCCCGAGCUCCUUGGGGGCGCUGCUACAAGAGUUCCUCCCCAGCAGGUUUCGUGAGUUCCUGUGUCAGCUCGGGUUGGAGAGUGCCGAGCAGCCGCUGAAGCGACGGACUGAGGCCUCUCCAGGGCCCCAGGCGGCGAGGCGGACAUCCUCAGCAUCACUACAUCGAGUGGGUGUGUCACAGCACUGCCAGGGUUCUUCUCAGUGUUCUAACUUCUCAUGCCUCCCAGACCUGCAGUCCCACAGUACACAGUCAUCAAAGCUCAAGGCUGCACUCACUCACAACUCCUCUGGGAAAGGACCAGGGUCCCGCAGGCGAUGCUGCCCUUUCCGAGUGCGAUUCGCUGAUGAGACCCUACAGGACACAGCACUCCGCUACUGGGAACGUAAUUGUGCAAUCCAGCAGAGCCUCCUCGAGAGUGGGACAGACAUCGAGCCAGUGGUGUCAGAGCAGGUGUUCAGGACUGUCGGGAGAUGGCUGGAGACUUUGCCCAGAGCCAUGUGCCCUGGGACCAGGCAGGAGACGGCCACUACCAGCUCUUCCUGGAGCUGGGACUGCCCUGGCCUGUCCAGCCAGGAGCCACGGGUCUGCUUCUCUGACAAGGCCAUGAGCUGUGGUCUGCCCGUCAUCCACAGGGCAACCUCGCCGAGGCAGCAGGGGGACCUCAAAACCCACCGCAUCCUGGAGCAGGUGGGCAUACUGCCCCGCACCUGGAGCCAGAAGUUGGUGAGAACCUGCUGGGGGCCAGCCACCCAGAGCCUGUACUUGGGAGGGGGCCCAGGGCGUGGACUCAAGAUCUGGGCUCUCUGGCUCUGCCAGCCUGACGUCAGGCCGGAGCUGGCGGGCUUUCGUUCUGCACAAACAUCGCCGCGGGCCGAGGCUGGGGGCGGCGAUGACUCAGGGCCCCGAGACCCGCCGGGAAGCGGAAAGUUUUGUACCGAUGACAUCACCGGGCCGCGAGGGCUGGAGGAGGCGGGCUCCGGGAAACAGCAGCUUGGUGUGCGGCCCCACCCGGAGCAGGGCGGGGGAGCCAGAACGGAGCGCUCGGCCGCGCAGAAAAAUAACCUCCUCCGCCGGGAACGCAGGCCCUGGAGCCGAAUCCUGCUCUUCACCAGCAAGGAGCUGGCUCCACCCGCCUGCUCAAACGACGCGCUCCCCAGUGCUCCGGAGGCAGCCGCAUCCAUCCUGCUGCGCCGGGUUGCCGAGGGCGAUGCGUGCAAGGCGAGGCGGCGGCGCGGGCCCAGGCGCCCAGUUCAGCGGAAAGGAAUGUCUUGCUCGGCGGGGGAGGCCGCGGCCCGAGGCCGUAUCCUCUUCCAACCUUCGCCCAAAGUUGGGGGGAGUCUCCGAGCCAAGGUGCGCGCGCGCCACAGCCGGCGGGCACCCUGCCCCGCCCCCACGCCGCCUCGGCCCCCUCCCCGCUCCCCGCGCGCCCCUCCUCCUCCAUAA